AUGUUAUACUUAAAAGUACUAUUACUGCUAAUAUUUUCUACUGAACGGUUAAUAUCUCAUCGGAAAAUUUCGGGGUUUGCUGACGCAGCAGCGUGUAAAGGUUGUGUACCACCGUGCAUAUGUCCAGGGAAAAAAGGAGAACGGGGUGUAGCAGGUUUUCAAGGUGAAAGAGGCCAUCCGGGAGCACCCGGUGAAGAUGGUGGCGAAGGGCCAUUUGGUGCACCAGGAAUGCAAGGUGCUGAAGGAGACUUUGGUGAUCCUGGUAUGAAGGGUGCUCGAGGUGAUCGCGGUUUGCCAGGAGCUCCCGGACAUGUAGGACUUCCUGGACUUGAUGGCUUGCCCGGAAUGAAAGGUGAAAUGGGUAUACCAGGCUGUAAUGGAACUGAUGGAAAACCGGGAUUGCCAGGUAUAGCAGGUCCUCCAGGUCCAAGGGGUCCUCCUGGUGAACCUGGACGACCAGGAUACCCAGGGCCACCAGGCGAAGGAGGUAUUAAUUCAAUUGGUCGAAAAGGUGAUCGAGGUGAUUCCGGUCGUGCAGGAUUACCUGGUGCACCAGGUUUGCCUGGAAUGCCAGGACCAAAAGGUGCUAAAGGAGAUGUUGGGCCAUAUGGACCACCAGGUUUUCCUGGACCCCAGGGCACAAAGGGACGAAUGGGAAUGCGAACACCAGGCAUGAAGGGUGAGAAGGGUCUAGCAGGACCUCCAGGACCUCCUGGACCUCCUGGUAACUUUGCUGGUGCAUCUGCUCCAGAAGAAACAGAAGUGAUUCAAGGACCAGCAGGACAGCCGGGAAUAAAAGGUGAAAAAGGGCGAACAGGAACAAAUGGACCACCAGGAUUUGCAGGAAGUGAUGGGGUUUCAGGAUUUCCUGGAAUUAAAGGACAAAAAGGAGAUCCUGGUGAUUUAGGAUCGAGGGGGAAACGAGGAAAAGAUGGCAGCAUGGGUUUAAUUGGACAAAAAGGUGAAACAGGCAUUCAGGGGGUACCGGGUCUUGAUGGUUAUCCAGGACAGAAAGGUGCUGCUGGUGAAUUGGGUUACGAUGGUCGGGUUGGUCCUGAAGGUGAUCCUGGACCACCAGGAGAGUUCGGUGUCGGAAGGGGAGAACCGGGACCUCGAGGACCGCAGGGAUUUGAUGGUGUACCAGGCAAAAAAGGACAAGCAGGUAUCCCAGGCAAAAUGGGUCCAGUUGGUGCUCGAGGACUUAAUGGUGCUCCUGGUGCUCAAGGAGUUCCGGGUGUGAGGGGGUUGCCAGGUUAUUCAGAAAAAGGAGAUCGAGGUGCAGAUGGAAAUCCAGGCUAUGUAGGAGAUGCUGGUGCACCAGGUGCACCAGGUGAAUUCGGAAUUAUGGGUGAACCAGGUUUGCCUGGCUUUGAUAUUCAAGGACCACCUGGAGUUGAGGGAAGACCAGGUCGUGAUGGAUUUACUGGAGUACCAGGUGAUGUUGGUGACCCUGGUUUAAGUGGUCUUAAAGGAUUUCCUGGCACUGGUGUUUCAAAAGUAGGGCCACCAGGUAUGGUUGGCUUGAUUGGACCUCCUGGAGAGAAUGGCCGCAUUGGUUUGGAUGGACUACCGGGUGUUCCUGGAUACACUGGAGCGAAGGGGGACGAUUGUGGAUAUUGCGCGCCAGGCAUACCAGGAGCAAAAGGUGAAGCUGGUCUUUUCGGUCAAGAUGGAUAUCCUGGCCCUAUUGGACCAAACGGAAAUCAAGGCUUACCUGGAACAAAAGGGUUAGCUGGAAAGCCAGGACGUCCUGGUACUGAUGGUCAACAGGGUUCGGAAGGUUUACCAGGUUUGCCAGGUUUUCAAGGACUUAAAGGAGAGGCAGGUGAAAUUCUAGGUGGUUUGGAAAAUCCUAGAGGAUUUCAAGGAACUAAAGGCGAACGAGGAGAUCCAGGUGUCCCUGGAAAACGAGGAGAACCUGGUACUGAUGGAAUUCAAGGGCCACCUGGCAUAGAUGGUGCACCUGGAUUUCCAGGGGAAAAAGGAUUACCUGGAAUCAACGGAAAACAUGGUCGUGAUGGAAUUCCUGGGCAGCCAGGGACAACAGGAGUACCCGGUGACUCGUUUCCGGGUUUACCCGGCAGAGAUGGUGCCAAGGGUGAACGAGGGGUCGAUGGUUUACCAGGUUUUCCUGGACCAAUGGGGCCACAAGGCCCAGUAUAUAGUGGUUUGAUCAGAGCUAUUCCUGGUCGUGAUGGCUACAAUGGUGCACCAGGCCUAAAGGGAAUGAGAGGAGCAGACGGUCUUCCUGGCUUACCAGGGAUACCAGGUCUUGAAGGAUCACCUGGAAAGAUUGGUGAAUCCGGUACUGAUGGUUAUCCUGGACAGCCAGGCCGAAGUGGAGCACCUGGAUUAGCCGGCUUACCAGGAGAUGACGGCUAUGCAGGUAUCCCGGGAAUCCGAGGACAACCAGGAGUUGAUGGUCUUCCUGGUAUUGCCGGAGCUCCUGGUAUAAGAGGUGAAUCAGGUUUUGGCUUAGCUGGACAAGUUGGUUAUCCUGGAGCAAAAGGCGAAGCUGGUAGACCUGGUUAUCCAGGAUCUGAUGGAAAACCUGGAAGGCAAGGACAACCAGGAAUUCCUGGAGCUAAAGGAGUUAGAGGAGAAAAUGGUUACCCUGGUGUAAACGGAAUUCAUGGAAUAAAAGGUGAACAUGGACUUCCGGGAAUACCAGGCAAACUUGGACGACAAGGAAGACCAGGAGAAGUUGGUGCUCCUGGAGUUCCAGGACUGAGAGGAAAAAGUGGUGCGCCCGGUAGAAAUGGCCUACCCGGUAUUAAAGGAGAAACAGGUUUUGCUGGAUUACCUGGUUUACCUGGCAAAACUGGAGUACGUGGAGAACCAGGACUCCCAGGCAUGGUUGGUAUACCAGGAUAUACUGGAAUAAAAGGAGAACGAGGCGUAGAUGGUGUGCAUGGUCAACCAGGUUUCGCUGGUGCAACUGGAGAUCGUGGACCUGACGGUAUACCAGGAUUGCAAGGUGCUAAUGGAGCGCCUGGUUUCAUUGGUGUCCCUGGAUUAGAUGGAAUUCCUGGAAAUGCUGGGGUUUCGGGUGAUUCUGGUGCGCCUGGUACUAAGGGGAUGCGUGGUGAACCAGGACGUUUUGCACAUCCAGGACUGCCUGGUGAUAUUGGCUUGCCAGGACCACAAGGCCCAACUGGCUUACCAGGACUAGAUGGAAUACCUGGAACAAAAGGACAACGAGGAUCACCAGGAAGUAGUUAUCCAGGAAUACCUGGUUCAAAAGGUGCUACGGGAGAACCUGGAGAAGAUGGAACCAUUGGGAAUGACGGAUUUCCAGGUUUACCAGGAAUGAUUGGGUUCCCAGGGUCGAAAGGCGAACGUGGGGAUGAAGGAAGAAAUGGAGAGCGCGGUUUUGAUGGACGACCAGGCAUAAUAGGUGUUAAAGGUGAACGUGGAUUACCGGGAUUACCGGGAGUCGACGGUUUUAAUGGCGCACCUGGACUGGAUGGUAUACCAGGCCAAAAAGGCCAUGCUGGUUUACCGGGUGAACCAGGAUUCAGAGGCCACAGAGGACAGCCAGGAACACCUGGAAGAAAAGGAGAACCUGGACAAUCAGGAAACGCUGGAUUUCCAGGACCAGUAGGACCUGUUGGCCCACCGGGCAUAGAAGGUUUACCAGGACUACCAGGUGCACCUGGUCAAGAAGGAAAUUCUGGCCUCCCGGGAGUGCCAGGAGUUAAAGGCAUGCGCGGUGAAAUUGGUGUUUCGGGACUGCCGGGUAUGGAUGGUCUCCCUGGUCUUGCUGGUGCUAGAGGUGAUGAUGGUCUUCCUGGUCCGCCAGGAAAACCUGGAUUCGGAAAUCAAGGCCAACAUGGUGACGCAGGUUACUCUGGAAUCGAUGGUAAACCUGGAUUACCAGGUAUUAAAGGUGAACGUGGCGAUGCUGGUAGGCCUGGUACGUCAGGAGUGCCUGGUCUUCGUGGGGACGAUGGCUUGCCAGGUUAUCGCGGUGAAAAAGGCAUCGCAGGAAUCCCAGGAAAAAGAGGUCGCGAUGGCGCACCUGGAUUACCAGGACAAGCAGGAAGAGAUGGCUAUCCAGGUAGAAAAGGUGAAAGAGGAAAUCCUGGGAUACCAGGAUUACCAGGAAGGGAUGGUGCCCCAGGAUACCUAGGAGAACGAGGUGUGCCUGGCUCACCUGGUGUGCCAGGAUAUGCUGGUAACAUGGGCUUGCCCGGAUUACCUGGAAUUCCUGGACAAAAAGGGAUGCGUGGUGACGACGGAUUAAUGGGUGUUCCUGGUCUUCCUGGACCAGUGGGACCACCUGGAAGACCUGGUCUUCCAGGUAGACCUGCAGCUUAUAACCAAUACUUACAUUCGCCCAAAGGCGAGCAAGGAGCUGUCGGACGACAAGGAGAAAAAGGAUAUCCAGGAGAAACUGGAAACCCCGGUAUGCAAGGACCACCAGGACCAGUAGGAUUCCCAGGUUUGCCAGGUCCACCAGGUCAUCCUGGACUUCCCGGUAUACCAGGCAUUAAGGGCGAGCUAGGUCCUAACGGAUAUCCAGGCUCAGCAGGACGUAUUGGUCAACCAGGACCACCUGGACAGAUAGGGUUCCCUGGAUCACCUGGUGGUUGGGCACCCUCACGUGGCUUCACGUUUGCAAGGCAUUCACAAUCAACCACAAUACCGCAAUGUCCUCCUGGAUCACAAACAUUGUGGAAUGGCUAUUCACUGCUUUAUGUGCAAGGAAACGGACGGGCGAGUGGUCAAGAUCUUGGUCAACCUGGUUCUUGUCUAUCAAAAUUCAGUACGAUGCCUUUUAUGUUCUGUAAUUUAAAUAGUGUUUGUCACGUUUCAAGUCGAAACGACUAUUCAUUUUGGCUUUCUACCACAGAAGCAAUGACUCAGAUGAUGAAUCCGGUGUCAGGUACAGCAAUCAGACCGUAUAUUUCUCGUUGUGCUGUUUGUGAGGUACCAACGCAAUUAUUGGCAGUACAUUCCCAAGAUUCCUAUGUACCGCAAUGCCCGCAAGGAUGGUCUCCAAUAUAUUCUGGAUAUUCCUUUGUCAUGCAUACCGCUGCGGGUGCCGAGGGAACUGGUCAAAACUUAGAAUCCCCUGGAAGCUGUCUCGAAGAUUUCCGAGCGGUACCGUUUAUUGAAUGUCAUGGACGAGGAACCUGCAACCAUUACGCUACAAAUCACGGAUUUUGGCUAGCAAUUAUUGAAAAAAACAAACAAUUCAAGAAACCGAUGUCACAAACUCUUAAAGCGGGUGGAUUAAAGGAUCGCGUGAGCAGGUGCCAAGUAUGCCUCAAAAACAGGUGGUAA